AUGCGUCCCGAAGUCGAGCAGGAGCUCGCCCACACGCUCCUCGUCGAGCUUCUGGCAUACCAAUUCGCCUCGCCCGUGAGAUGGAUUGAGACCCAGGAUGUCUUCCUGGCUGAGAGAAACGCCGAGCGCAUCGUCGAAAUCGGCCCCGCAGACACCCUUGGAGUCAUGGCCAAGCGCACACUGGCCUCCAAGUACGAGGCCUACGAUGCCGCAAAGUCGGUUCAGCGACAGAUUCUCUGCUACAACAAGGAUGCCAAGGAGAUUUACUACGAUGUCGACCCCGUGGAAGAAGAACCCGAACCCGCGGCGAGCUCAUCUGCUGCCCCCGCUGCUCCGGCCGCUGCCGGCGCUCCUGCGGCUGCUGCUCCAGUUGCUGCUGCUCCGGCUCCCAGCGCUGGACCUGCAGCCCAGGUCCCCGACCAGCCUGUGCAGGCCGUCGACAUUGUGCACACCCUGGUUGCGCAAAAGCUCAAGAAGUCCCUGGCUGAGGUGCCUCUCAGCAAGGCCAUCAAGGAUCUGGUUGGAGGCAAAUCCACCCUUCAGAAUGAGAUUCUCGGUGACCUCGGAAAGGAAUUCGGCACAACGCCUGAGAAGCCCGAAGACACACCCCUCGACGAGCUCAGUGCUUCCAUGCAGGCUACCUUCGAUGGCAACCUGGGCAAGCACACACAGUCCCUCAUCGCCAGGCUCAUCUCCUCCAAGAUGCCUGGUGGCUUCAACAUAACCGUGGCAAGGAAAUAUUUGGAAACAAGAUGGGGCCUCGGUCCCGGCAGGCAAGACGGAGUGUUGCUGCUGGCCUUGACCAUGGAGCCUCCUGCUCGUCUUGGAAACGAUGGUGAUGCCAAGGCUUACCUCGACGGAGUUACCCAGAAAUACGCCGCGACUGCCGGUAUCAGCUUGACGUCUGCGGCCGCAUCUGGUGGCUCUGAGGGAGGCGCGGGAGGCAUGAUGAUGGACCCCGCUGCCAUUGACGCUCUCACCAAGGACCAGCGCGCUCUGUUCAAGCAGCAGCUGGAGCUCUUCGCCAGAUACCUCAAGAUGGACCUCAGAGCCGGCGACAAGGCGCACAUCGAAUCCCAAAAGUCGGAAAAGGUCCUUCAGGCCCAGCUGGAUCUGUGGACUGCAGAGCACGGCGACUUCUACGCUUCGGGCAUUGAGCCUGUCUUCAGCGCAUUGAAAGCUAGAUCUUACGACUCGUCCUGGAACUGGGCUCGCCAAGAUGCGCUCUCCAUGUACUACGACAUCAUCUUUGGCAGACUCAAGACGGUCGAUCGUGAGAUUGUCAGCCAGUGCAUUCGCAUCAUGAACAAGUCCAACCCCAAGCUCCUCGAGUUCAUGCAGUACCACAUCGACAACUGCCCUACUGAGCGCGGCGAGACCUACCAGCUCGCCAAGGAGCUUGGACAGCAGCUCAUUGAGAACUGCAAGGAGGUUCUCAACCUGCCACCUGCUUACAAGGACGUUGCUGUCCCCACUGGUCCUCGCACCACCGUGGACGCCCGCGGCAACCUCAACUACGAGGAAGUCCCCCGCGCCAGCUGCCGGAAGCUCGAGCACUACGUUCAGCAGAUGGCCGAGGGCGGCAAGAUCUCCGAGUAUGGCAACCGCACCAAGGUGCAGAACGACCUGCAGCGUAUCUACAAGUUGAUCAAGCAGCAGCACAAGAUGUCUAAGACUUCUCAGCUCGAGAUCAAGAGCCUGUACGGUGAUGUUCUGCGCUCCCUGGCCAUGAACGAGAGCCAGAUCAUCCCCAAGGAGAAUGGCAAGGGCCGAAAGCCCGGUUUCAAGGGCUCAAGCCCGAACAAGGGCAGGGUUGAGACAAUCCCCUUCCUCCACCUCAAGAGGAAGUCCCUGCACGGCUGGGACUACAGCAAGAAGCUCACGGCCGUCUACCUCAACUGCCUUGAGGAGGCUGCCAAGGACGGCGUCACGUUCCAGGACAAGUAUGUCCUGAUGACGGGUGCCGGUGCCGGCUCCAUUGGUGCUGAGGUUCUGCAGGGUCUCAUCAGCGGAGGUGCCAAGGUUGUGGUCACCACCAGUCGAUUCUCUCGACAGGUCACCGAGUACUACCAGUCCAUGUACAGCCGCUUUGGAUCCCGCGGAUCUCAGAUCGUCGUCGUGCCCUUCAACCAGGGAAGCAAGCAGGACGUGGAGGCCCUCGUCAACUACAUCUACGACACCAAGAACGGCCUUGGCUGGGAUCUCGACUACAUCGUCCCCUUCGCCGCCAUUCCGGAGAAUGGCCGACAAAUUGACAACAUCGACUCCAAGUCGGAGCUGGCUCACCGCAUCAUGCUCACCAACCUGAUCCGCAUGCUCGGCUGCGUCAAGACGCAAAAGGCUGAGCGCGGUUUCGAGACCCGUCCCGCCCAGGUCGUCCUCCCCCUGUCCCCCAACCACGGUACCUUUGGUAACGACGGUCUCUACUCCGAGUCCAAGCUGGCUCUCGAGACCCUCUUCAACCGAUGGCACUCCGAGGACUGGGGCCACUACCUCACCAUCUGCGGUGCUGUCAUUGGAUGGACUCGUGGCACUGGUCUCAUGUCCGGUAACAACGUGGUCGCCGAGGGCGUGGAGGCCUUUGGCGUUCGCACCUUCUCUCAGCAAGAGAUGGCCUUUAACCUUCUGGGCCUGAUGUCCGCCACCAUCGUUGACCUCUGCCAGUCCGAGCCGGUCUUUGCCGACCUGAACGGUGGCCUGCAGUUCAUCCCCAACUUGAACGAGUCCAUGACCAAGCUCCGCAAGGACAUCAUGGAGACGAGCGAGAUCCGCAGGGCCGUCUCCAAGGAGAGCGCCAUCGAGAACACCAUUGUCAACGGAGCCGACUCCGAGGUUCUUUACAAGAAGAAGACCAUCGAGCCCCGUGCCAACAUCAAGUGCGACUUCCCCCACCUUCCCGACUGGAAGACGGAGGUGGCUCCUCUCAACGAGCAGCUCAAGGGCAUGGUCGACUUGGACAAGGUUGUCGUCGUGACUGGUUUCGCCGAAGUCGGUCCUUGGGGCAACUCCCGCACCCGAUGGGAGAUGGAGGCCUAUGGCGAGUUUUCGCUCGAGGGCUGCAUUGAGAUGGCCUGGAUCAUGGGCCUCAUCAAGAACCACAACGGUCCCCUCAAGGGCAAGCCCUAUGCCGGCUGGGUUGAUGCCAAGACUGGCGAGCCCGUCGAUGACAAGGAUGUCAAGCAAAAGUACGAGAAGCACAUCCUGGAGCACUCCGGUAUCCGCCUGAUCGAGCCUGAGCUCUUUGACGGAUACGACCCCAACAAGAAGCAGCUGCUGCACGAGGUCGUCAUCCAGGAGGACCUUGAGCCGUUCGAGGCCUCCAAGGAGACGGCUGAGGAGUUCCGCCGCGAGCAUGGCGACAAGGUGGAGAUCUUCGAGAUCCCCGAGAGCGGAGAGUACAUUAUCCGGGUCAAGAAGGGCGCCUCGCUUUGGAUUCCCAAGGCUUUGCGCUUCGACAGACUGGUCGCUGGUCAGAUCCCGACCGGCUGGGACCCCAAGCGAUAUGGUAUUCCUGAAGACAUCAUCAGCCAGGUGGACCCCGUCACCCUGUUCCUCCUCGUGUCGGUUGCUGAGGCUCUGCUGUCGUCUGGUAUCACCGACCCGUACGAGUUCUACAAGUACGUUCACGUCUCCGAGGUUGGUAACAUUGUCGGCUCCGGUAUGGGUGGUGCCAAGGCUCUGCGUGGCAUGCACAAGGCGCGAUACCUCGACAAGCCUCUUCAGAACGACAUCCUGCAGGAGUCCUUCAUCAACACCAUGUCUGCUUGGGUCAACAUGCUGCUGCUCUCUUCGUCUGGACCUAUCAAGACUCCCGUCGGUGCUUGUGCUACUGCUAUUGAGUCUGUUGACAUUGGUGUGGAGACAAUUCUUGAAGGCAAGGCCCGCAUCUGCCUGGUCGGAGGUUUCGACGACUUUGGUGAGGAGGGUUCCUAUGAGUUUGCCAACAUGAAGGCCACCAGCAACAGCUUGGACGAGUUCGCCCACGGCCGUACCCCCGCCGAGAUGUCACGUCCCACCACUACCACGCGAAACGGCUUCAUGGAGUCUCAGGGAUGCGGUGUCCAGGUCAUCAUGACUGCUCAGCUGGCCCUGGAUAUGGGAGUCCCGAUCCACGGUAUCCUCGCCUUUACCACCACCGCCUCCGACAAGAUUGGCCGAUCCGUCCCUGCUCCUGGCCAGGGCGUUCUCACCUCCGCGCGCGAGCACCCCGGCAAGUUCCCGUCGCCCCUGCUUGACAUCAACUACCGCCGCAGGCAGAUUGAGCGUCGCAAGAAGCAGAUCAAGCAGUGGGAGGAGUCCGAGCUGGAAUUCCUUCAUGACGAGAUUGACGCCAUGAAGGCCCAGGGCGGCGUCUUUGACGAGAAGGAGUACGCUCAGGAGCGUAUCCUGCACAUCCAGAAGGAGGCUAUCCGACAAGAAAAGGAGCUCCUCCGCAGCAUGGGCAAUAACUUCUGGAAGAACGACCCCAGCAUCGCUCCUCUCCGAGGCGCCCUUGCCACAUGGGGCCUCACCAUCGACGACCUCAAGGUGGCCUCGUUCCACGGCACGUCCACGGGCGCCAACGACAAGAACGAGUCCUCGGCCAUCUGCCAGCAGCUGCGCCAUCUUGGCCGCAGCAAGGGCAACGCCAUCCUCGGUGUCUUCCAGAAGUACCUCACCGGUCACCCCAAGGGUGCUGCUGGUGCCUGGAUGAUGAACGGUGGCCUGCAGAUCCUCAACACUGGCCUGGUCCCCGGCAACCGCAAUGCCGACAACAUUGACCCCAUCAUGGAGAACUACGACCUGAUUGUCUACCCCAGCCGCAGCAUCCAGACCGACGGUGUCAAGGCCUUCUCCCUCACCUCGUUCGGUUUCGGACAGAAGGGAGCCCAGGCGGUCGCCGUCCACCCCAAGUACCUGUUCGCCACCCUGGACGAGAAGACGUACGACGCGUACCGCGCCAAGGUCGAGUCCCGACAGAAGAAGGCUUACCGCUUCUUCCACAACGGCAUGAUCAACAACGCCUUGUUUGUCUCCAAGGCCAACCCGCCCUACACUGACGACCAGCUCAGCGCGGUUCUGAUGAACCCCGAUGCUCGUGUGGUCGAGGACAAGAAGACGGCGGAGCUCAAGUUCCCCCCCAACUUCAUGAAGGCGUCCGAGAAGACUGUCUCUCCGACCGUCGCCAAGGAGACGCAGCAGGUGAUUGAGGCGCUCGCGCACAAGGUGGCGGGCAAGAACAGCAACGUGGGCGUGGAUGUCGAGGACAUUGCAUCCUUCAACAUUGACAACGACACGUUCAUUGAGCGCAACUUUACCAGCCAGGAGGUGGCCUACUGCAAGAGCGCUCCCAGCCCGCAGAGCUCGUUUGCCGGCCGAUGGAGCGCCAAGGAGGCCGUGUUCAAGGCUCUUGGCGUUGCCAGCAAGGGAGCUGGCGCUGCCCUGAAGGACAUUGAGAUCCUCAAGGACGACACCGGCGCACCUGUUGUUUCUCUUCAUGGUGAUGCUGCUGCUGCUGCCAAGCAAGCUGGCGUGAAGGAGGUCUCCGUCUCCAUCUCGCAUGCCGACAAGCAGGCCGUUGCCGUGGCGGUUGCCCACUUCUAAGGGCCGUCAUGGAUGGCUAUCUUUUAUAGUAUGUAAAAUGGGACGGCUGGCUUGACUCAAGGGCGUUGGUUCAGCACGGGAACAGGAUUGGCUCUCUUGGGGUUCAACUUUGAUGUGUAUCCGGGAAUGAUGACACGCAACGGAAAGCAGUUGCACUAGAUUUAUGAGGCAUUAAUGAGUGGCAAGUCAUUGCUUGAAAUGGAUGGUAUUGUAGACGGUUGAUUAAAAAAAUUUCAUGUUUUUUUCUUCUUA